CUUAUCCUUUAGUCCUUUACUCUACAGUCUAUGAUAUGUGUAUUUUUUAAAUUACCUACGCGAUUAGAUAAUUAAUAUUAUUAAUAUAUUAAAUGAGUGAUUAAUCUUGGUGAAAUUAGGCCUAUACUGUAAUUAUUCAUUUUAAAUGAUUGUAUAUUGCUGUCUUGUGUAAGCUUUUCCACCAGAAACCGGGCGUUAUCUUCAAUUGAAAACACAGUCAGAUAUAUUAGUUAAAAGUCAAAAGGUAUGCACUUUGUUUUAAUAUUUUGUUAUUUGGUACUGACGAUUUAGCACAACAACAACACAGAGUUUGUUUCUUAUCAAAGUCUUAAUAAUUUUUUGUUUAACUUUUGAACACUAUUAUGUUUAUGAUUAUUCUUAAAACUUAUAUUUUGCAAACUAAUUGAAGUGCUUUUCGAAACCGAUAACUUAAUAAUAUGGUGGAAUACUAACACUUACUGAUGAAGUAUUUAAAAACAAACCCAAAUUGAAGAACCUAAGUGCAAUAUGAUAUAAAUAAUGUGGCAGGAGCCAAUGAAGGAUUCUUUGUUACUGGAUUGCCCCACAGAUCCAGUAUCACAAAAUUUUAACCCAUAUGAAGUACUAGAACCACAGAAAGUUGAUUUAAAAGAUAGAAUCCUUGUUGAUUUAACACCAGUAGAAGAAAAACAACCAGAUGCCAACCUAGAAAUGGGGUCUUUCUUAGAUACUAUUACUAAAACUGACUACAAUUUAGUAGAUUUGUAUCAAAAUAUCUAUGUUACACCACAGCAUUUACAAAAAACACCAACUCACAUUGACAAAAAUUCACUUAUUGAUUUUGGCAAUUAUGUUGACAAACAGGAAGUUAAAAAUAUAGAAAAUAAUAAUGUAACAGCUAGUCUAGAUAAAACUGACAAACCCAGCUUUGAUGAAUUCAUUCACCAAACAGUACCAUCCCAUUCCACAAGUGAUGUAAAUGAAACAACAGAAGAAAAUGCAAUCAAAAAUAAUUUAGAUGCAACAUUUGAUGCUCUAUACAGAUCAUGUAUAACUAAAUUAGACACAAGCAUUCCAGAAAAUUCAGAAUUUUCUUUGUUCAACAACUUUAAAUUUUCAACUUUAAAGAAUGAUCCACCCAUAGUAACAGAAACACCAAAAGCUGAAAAAGGAGGUACUGCAGAUUUAAAAAACGAUUAUUUCUACAUGACAAAUCAAACAAAAGACCAUUCAAAAGAUAUUUCACAUCAAAAUAAUUUAACAGAUUGUCCAAGUGUGAAAAGUGACCCGAGUCACUUACAACUCACUGAUAGCAUGAGAAGAAACAUAUUAGAUGAAGUUAAAAGAGAAGAAAUUCCAAUAAAAUGCAAAUGUUAUUAUGCAAAAAAUAUUUUAAACCUUAAUAAAUCAAUAGAUGCAUCUUUCAUUAAUCCAUUUGAUAACGAUCUUCCAGUCACUCAUUCGAAGGAUCUUAAAAAACCCAAAGCACUCAGUAUGCUAUCUAACAAUCAAUUUACCCAAAUAAAAUCAGGGCAAUUACUACAAACUGUUGUCAAAGAUCAAAAACUAUAUGCUAAACAGAUGAAAUUAAAAGAAAACAAUCAAAACCUAACAAAAGGUCCUGAUAUUUACGAAAAGUCAAUUAUUUUGCCGCAAAUCAUGGAGCGCUUGGCGGCAAGAAAAAAAAUAUUAGAUGAUCAGAGAGAUUGGAAAAGGCGACUUGUUUUGGACAGUGGAGAGUCUAAAAUUAAUGAGGACAUUCCUUGUGUUAAAACGGAAAUUCUUAUGGCUGAUUGUAAUAAGGAACGCCUCGCUAAUUUAAAAAUAAGGACAUCUUUUGAAAACUUUAUCAAAACUGGCUCACCUAAAUAAUAUCUAUACUCCAAUAAAUGGAGUGAAUUUUAUAGAAUGACUAACUUGUGAACUAUGUUAUGCUUAGCUCAUGUCAAAAAUAUGUACUAAAUAUAUAUGAAAAUAUCAUCUAAAUUGGUCAACCCAUUUUGAAAGAUUGUGACCACAAACAAAAUAUCUCACCAUAUAGUUUGUAUAUUAUAUAUAUUAUACCAUACAAGCAUAAACAUAAGCAUGGGGCCCUGCGACAUCUAGGAGACCCCUCACUGCCUUGACUGCAGCCAGAACAGCUUCUCUUAUUAAUUACACCUGCACAAGUGAAGAUUCCCUGGAAAAAUAUAAACAGGUAAUUUUAAUUAUGACUAAGACAACUGUAAGGCUCGGUUAGUCGAGCACUAUUAUUUGUUUAAUCUGGAAGUUCUGUAUUUUGAUUAGCUACCACCAUUUUAUAUCUAUCCACAGAUAAAAGAUGAGUAAAACGGCUUCAUAAAUUGGUUAAUUUAAAAAACAACUUAGAUUUAUUUGGUAUUACCACCAAUCUAAAUAUACAUAAGAAAAGGUGUACAUUUGUUUUGGAUAUAUUUGUAUACACAUAACUUAUUUAUACAUUGUUUAAUUAUACAAUUUUAAAUACAUAUUUACUAAGUGAUAUAUAAUGAUAAUGCCUAUGCUUAAGAAUUUUUAUAUCAUAGAUACUAUAACAAUACUUAAAUGAAUUUUAUGCUACUACAAUAGGCUAAUUGACAAGAUU